UUAAACGAGAUGUUUUGACCGUUUUUACUAUGAAUUGCGCAGGCGCAGCGCUACCGUGAGCGGCGGCGUCUGGCCACGCCGAGCCCCACGCCGUCGCCGCCGCGCACGCAGGGCUGGUUCAAGUCGCUCGACCGCCUCUCCAGGAAGAAGAAGAACGUCAAGACGGAGAAAGAAAUCAUGCCAGAAGACCGAAACUACAAACCCAAGCUCAACUCCCCGGCUAAAAACCUACGCUUCUUCGGCGACACCGACGUGGAAUCCGACGCCAAACCCAGCACAGUCAAACCCCAUGGAACUCUUCGAAAAACUGUCUCCAACUCAACCUCAGGGCUUGAUGAAGUUGACCAUGCUGAGUUGAAUAAAAGUUACUCUUUAUCUAACUUAGAUAAGAGCGAUAAGAAGCACUACAAGAGAAAUCUUCAUAAUAUAUCUGAGAUUCAGUCUGAGGACAGUCAGCGUGGGUUGAAGCCGCCGAUGAGUCCGUAUGACAGGUCGAGGAGCCACAGCAGUUCGAAGACGCUGAGGAAUGGAAGGAGGGAGCGAGGCAGCUCGUCGGAGCUGAGGAGUAGCAAGCAGGAUCUCAAUAGGGAUUACAAGUACCGUCGUCGCACGCCCGCGCACUCAGGCGAGAGCAGCACGGAGGGCGACUCGAGUCACCAGUCGCAGCGCAGCGUGGUCUACCUGCACGCCACCACCGUGGGCGACAUCCCAGACCCUGGCCGCGUGACCCGCAACCGUUCCCGUGACGACGUAUCCUCCGUGAACUCCUCGAACCUGCAGGUCCGCACCACCACCAAGAGCUUCUCGCUCUUCGCCCCCUGGACCCCCCGCCACCCCAGCGACCACCACGACCUCCACUACGCGCAGCGACCAAAAAAGGAACCACAGCUACAGAAGAAUAAAUCGUACAGCCAGUCAACGCUCACGCGACGUCCGAUCAAUAAUCGACUAACCAGCUCCAGUACCACUCUUCAUAGGAAACCGGAGAGGAAAGACCCGCGUAGGGAUGGGCAAAGGAGUCAAUCUAGUGAGGUGUUGAAUAGGGACAGAGUUUCAAGGUCGAUCUCUAUGCCGAAGGACGAGAAGAAAGCUGGAUGGUUCAAACUGUCGAAUAAAAAGAAGCCAGAGACUACUAGAGUCCGCUAACGCUUUAAUAAUAAAAAUUAAUGGUAUCAGUAUUUCAUAAUACGUAGAAGGAAUAGGGAGUAAUACUGCAAUGUUCUGGCGCCAGAGGCAGCAGUUGCACAAACCAUAGAGUAACUUAUAUGUACUAUGCCUUAAACAGUUUUUGACAAGUUUUCAUAGAUAAUUUGAUACGAAUAAAUAUGUCAUUGAUACAUCAAGGCGGUUUUUUACAGUUUGUGCUAGUAGCGCGCCCUACGCAGUGUUUUGCAUAAUAUUCCAUAUAGUAGAGGACAUUUUAAGGCGAAAAUUUUUACAAUGUUGCCAAUGUGUCUUCUACCAAGUCUAUCAAAUAAUAUUGUCAAAGUCAUUGACAAUUUUUUAAUGAAAUAUUUAGAAAUUAUCUUAACAUUAUGGUGCUAUAAUAAUAUUGCCUUCAAUUUAUAUUUUACACACAAUAUUAAUGUUGAUAAUAAGUGCCAUUCACGUGUAUUUGUAACGUUACCAGCCGUCAUUAUCACUUGCAAUGUAGAAUAAUCUUUACUAUAAAUGAUGGUAGGAGGGGUGACUAUGAACUAUAUUUUAUAUGGGGUGUCUUAGUCAUUUAUUUCAUUAUUUUAACGCGCUUUUUACUAAUAAUAUCGAUAUAAAGUUUAAUGAUAUUUUUAUUUUAUUUUAUAUGUGAUAAUUAUUUUGCUAUCGGUAAUUUUAAUACGCUUUGAAAUUAAUAUUAUCCAUUAUGUUUGUACAUUAAAGAACGGAGAUGAUGUCCAAUAAUGUAAUUAAUAACCAACGUCGGUUAUAAAUAAACUUUGUCUAAUAAAAA